AUGGGUGUAGUGGAGAAGAACGUGUGUGUGUCUGUGUGCGUGUCCCUCACGGCGCUCAAGCUGUUCGGGUUCUGGGCGCCGGCGGGGCUCACGGGGACACAGAGGGCAUUGUACAACUGCUACGGGUUUCUCUCCUUCAUGUUUAUAUUAGGAACGUACCUGAUCAUCCAGGUGGUGGACAUGUUCCUGAUCUGGGGCGACGUGGCGCUGAUGACGGGCACGGCCUUCGUGCUGUUCACGAACCUGGCGCACACGGCCAAGAUCGCGGCGGUGGUGGCGCGCCAGGACACGCUGCGACACCUGGUGGACGAUGCGGAUGAGCUGCUGGCCGCUGAGACCGGCCCGGGCAAGGAGAUCGUGGACAGUUGCAACCGAGAGACGUGGCAACAGCAGCUACUCUACUGCUGCCUGACGACGGUGACGGUGGCGGGCUGGGCCACCAGCGCGGAGAAGAACCAACUGCCACUGCGCGCUUGGUACCCGUACGACACGUCGGUGUCCCCGGCGUACGAGCUGACGUACCUGCACCAGGUGGGCGCGCUGUUCGUGGCCGCGUACCUCAACGUGGGCAAAGACACGCUGGUGGCGUCGCUCAUUGCGCAGGCGCGCUGCCGGCUGCGACUCGCCGCGCUCAACCUCGCUAGUCUUACCGACGGCCUCACGCCCAACGCUCAGGGUACUCUGAGUGCGGAGCAAGAGGCUGCGGCGUGGUCUCGGCUGGCGGCGGCGUCGCGACGGCACCAGGCGGCGCUGGCGGCGGCGGCGGUGCUGCAGGCCUGCUUCUCCGCGCCGGUCUUCGCGCAGUUCGGGGUCUCCAUGAUCAUCAUCUGCGUCACCGCCUUCCAGCUCACCGCCGUACGUCACACUGGAAACCUGGUCCGCCUGGCGUCAAUGGGUACCUAUCUACUGAACAUGAUGUUCCAAGUCUUCAUCUACUGUUAUCAAGGAAAUCAGCUUUCAGAAGAGAGCAUGGAGAUCGCGACGGCGGCGUACUCGUGCGGCUGGACUGCGUGCAGCGCGCGGCUGCGGCGCGGGCUGCUCCUGGUGAUGGUGCGCACGCGGCGCGCCGCGCGGCUCUCCGCCGGCGGGUUCGCCACGCUGUCGCUCGCGUCCUUCAUGGCGAUCGUGAAGACUUCCUAUUCGCUGUUCACUGUCCUGCAGCAGGCCGACGAGCAGAAAUAACUCGCAGAAAAAGCGAGCCACUUGUUGAAGUCCUUAGGGUCACUUGCACCACCGAAAAUGGUGGGUUAACCUCGGGUUCGGAUUUAAUACGGAAUUUGACAGUUGACAGCCCACUAACCUUUUAGCGGGUGGUGCAAGCGGCCCUCAGUAUGUUUAGUUUGUCCAAAUUACCUAAAAGAUGCCGCUGUCCUAGAGGGAAACUGGGUAAG